UUUCAUGUGAAGUCAAUCUACUAUGUUUUGGUGUCUCAAUUUCAACAAUCGUUGAAGGGACACGACAUCAAACAUGCAAUAAUACCAAAACCUCAAACAAAAAAACAAUCUUUGCAUUUUGGAUCCUUCAUUCACAUUCCCACCAUCACCACCUCAGAUCAGAUCCACAAAUUCUUCACCUCAAAUCUCAUUUCACUAAACCCUUUAUCACUAGGAAUUGAACUUUGGAGAUUUUGACAAUGGCGGCAAAUUCUUCUAAUGGAGAUCAACAAACAACCACAAAGCAACCUCCCCAGCCAUCUCCGUUGCGGUUUUCCAAAUUCUUUCAGUCCAAUAUGAGAAUUUUGGUCACCGGAGGAGCUGGUUUUAUUGGUUCUCACCUAGUUGACAGAUUGAUGGAAAAUGAAAAAAACGAGGUAAUUGUAGCUGAUAACUACUUCACUGGAUCUAAAGACAACCUUAAAAAAUGGAUUGGUCAUCCAAGAUUUGAGCUAAUUCGUCAUGAUGUGACAGAGCAACUGUUGGUUGAGGUUGAUCGGAUCUACCAUCUUGCAUGCCCUGCUUCUCCGAUUUUCUACAAAUACAACCCUGUGAAGACAAUAAAGACAAAUGUAAUUGGAACACUGAACAUGCUUGGACUUGCAAAGAGAGUUGGAGCAAGGAUUUUGCUUACUUCUACUUCAGAAGUAUAUGGAGACCCUCUUGUGCAUCCACAACCAGAAAGCUAUUGGGGAAAUGUUAACCCUAUUGGUGUUCGGAGUUGCUAUGAUGAGGGCAAGCGUGUGGCAGAAACUUUGAUGUUUGAUUAUCAUAGGCAGCAUGGAAUAGAAAUACGCAUUGCCAGAAUCUUCAACACAUAUGGACCACGCAUGAAUAUUGAUGAUGGGCGUGUUGUCAGUAACUUCAUCGCUCAAGCAAUUCGUGGUGAACCCCUAACAGUCCAACUUCCAGGAACACAAACUCGCAGUUUCUGCUAUGUCUCCGACAUGGUUGAUGGCCUUAUUCGUCUCAUGGAAGGAGAACACACUGGUCCGAUCAACAUUGGAAACCCAGGUGAAUUUACUAUGACUGAACUUGCUGAGAAUGUGAAAGAGCUUAUUAAUCCAGAUGUGGAGAUAAAAAUGGUGGAGAACACUCCGGACGAUCCUCGGCAAAGAAAACCAAUCAUAACAAAAGCAACUGAAUUGCUUGGAUGGGAACCAAAGGUCAAGUUGCGUGAUGGUCUUCCGCUUAUGGAAGAGGAUUUCCGUCUGAGGCUCGGAGUUCCCAAGAAGAACUAACUGAACUUGGUUUUGUCCUUUCACUUCAUAUCAUGAUGGAUAUUGAUAUCAUUAUACUUGGGAUGAGUUUGUCACUAUUAGAUAUUUCACUUUGAGCAUUAUGGUGAGGAUGGUUGCAAAUUCUUUGAAAUUUGUUGUAUUGUUUUUACUCUUUCCUUUUUUAUUAUUAUUGGUCAAGUAAUGGCAGAGAGCAUUGGAUAAAAAUGUGUAGGACCAGGAAGGGUCACUUGGCCAUGUUCUGUAAUUGAUACAAUAUGAUUGCUUCUUCUUUUUUCUUCCAAA